UAUUUAUUUAUUUAUUUUAAUUUUUUUUUCCAUCACCAGGAGUAAUUUUAACGCCGUUAGGAGUCGUGAAAUCAAAGUGCAUAGGGGCGAUUUGGUGCAAAGUAUUAACACGGUUUUCAUAAAUCCAACCAUAUUUAUGUCCUGGAAAGUUCAUACCGUGAGCAGACUGAGCUGGAGUGGCGCCAGUUCAUUUGUUUGUAAGUUUUCCUGCGGUUUUUUUUCCGUUUUAAAGAAGUAAAGAAAACUGAAGCGCAAUAACCGUUCGCUUCCGAGCAGAAAUGUCUACGCAACUGCGUGAGCAAAAGAAACAGGGUUUUUCAAUUAUGACGUACGUGUAGCCUCGCAAUGCUAACAGGGAGUACGUGAGUAGAAGAUCUUUCCCAAGAUGUCAACAAUCGGGCUUAAACAAGUUAUGGCUGUGAUCCCGCUACGCAAACCACGAGAGAAACUUUGGGCGAAAAGGAGCUCUGAGAGAGGAAAAGCAAGUCAGAUAAAAGGUGUAUUAGCCAAGUUUGAGGAGGCAGACAAUCGUAAAAGCGAUUCAUCAUUAUGGCAUCAGAGAAGAGUGCACAAAAAAGACGCGGACAACCGACCAACUAUGAGCUGUUUAAAGGGCUUUCCAAGAGAAUCCCCGGGACUUGUCAGAGCUCUUGAGGUGUACAGCCCAAAUAACCCAGCCGCGGCAAAAUGGCGCUCGGGGCUUCGUCCGUUGAGUAUAUACCAACAGAGUCAAUUGGAAAAAACUGUGCGAGAUUACACUAAACUCUACAGUGUGCAACACUCUCCACCAAGCACGACGCUGACUGUUCGCUGGCGAAAUCACGGUACAGUUUCCUGCUACACCGAGGAAUCCCUUCUUAAAAUUUUCAGCCAUUUUGGCCCGGUGAGGAAGAUUAGUUUUCAGAGUGAAUGCAGUGCGCAUGUCGUCUUGGAAAACGCCGAAAGCGCCUGCGCAGCGCUGAGCCUAUCAAAUUUGGGCUUUCCCAGGUGCCCACUGCAUGUUCGUUGGUUGCCAGAGGAACAGAAAAGAUUGCUUUGGAAAAGAAAAGAUGCCAUUCCUAAACCAAUGAAAUUUAAGUAUGUUGCGAUUGACCGAAGAGGGGCCGGGAGCAAAGAGCCGGACAAAAAGGGGACUAGAUUCAAGUCUCCCCAGGCUCUCACGCGUCCAAGUCAAAUUUCUUGCACUUUCCACACCAAGUCGCGCACUUAAUUCAAUAACUGCCGAAGGUUUUGGUUGCGAAUUUUUCAUGUAAUUCGCAAUUUAAAAAAAAACAAACAAACUGUAACUUAAACAAAAGAACGUCACCAAGUAAAUAAAUAUACAGUAUUUAUU